GAGUUCGGCGCAUGCGCUCUAGCAUGUAAAUAACAGCCGCAUCGGUGGUUUGUAUGGUAUCGCACAGGCUCGUCAAAUACACGAACAACCGGCUUGUAUUUACAGAGGACGUUAUUAUAUCUGCUACGUUCAUGAAAGUACGUCUGGAAGAAGAAUACAGAGUUAAAUCAGUGGAAUAGAUCGCAUGAAUUUACAGCUAGCGAAGUGUCAGUUAGCACACAGCUAUGAUAGAGACUAGCCGGAGGUGUUUGAGUUUGACACAUUUAAUACUGUACUAUUAAUUCAAUACACUAUUCAAUUAUUUUCUUACUUUUGUUUUAUAACCAACAAUUCAUGAAACGGUUUUCAGUUAGACAGGUAUGAGAGUAUUUAGUGUGUAAUUGUGUUGUGCUGUUAGCAGAGGUGUGGUGAUGUGUUGAGUGUAGCAUGACACAGCAGCUGUUGAUCAGAGCCACAGCUGAUCCAGGAGCGAAUGCUGCUCGAUAACACACUCAAACAUUCAACAUCAGUACUGUCUGCUCCAGCGAUGCUAACAGAGAAGAGGAAGCGUCAGCGCACUGAAGGUGAUGGCGAAAGCGCUCAGAUGCCUCAGGCCAAGCGACAGAGUUCAGCUCUCCAGAGCUCAGAGACGGCUAGAGAAUCAUGGGAGUCUGAGUCUUCCAGCAGCGAGGGCAGUUGUGUCAGCAGUCCAGAUCACGCCGCAGGGAGCAGCAGCAGUAGUCACUGUGGAGUGGACGUUAUUGGGCCCCACAGCUGCCACGACCCCUGCAGUCCCCACAGUGCCUCCAAGCAGCCGGACCCCGUGGACCCGCUGUCCUACCAGCACAUCAACCGUGUCCUGAAGGAAGCCCAUUUCCACAGCUUACAGAGCCGGGCUCCGUCCAAGCACAGAUCUCUCUGCUAGAGCUCAUCUUAUCUUGAUAUUUAAUUGGAUGGAAAACAUGCCCUGGUACUGUAAGCUCUUCGACUAACUAGAGCACAACAGUGAUUUUUGUAAGCAAUAACAGCUUGACUACGAUGCAAACUUUUGUGACUUCCACACUGUGUAUUCUUCUUCUGAAAACAGCUGGAUUGAGAGUGAUGAGGGGGGGUUUGCACUUGGGAAUGGGUUGAUCAGAUAUUGACGUGGACCAUAUAGCAAUUCAGCCGAGCACGUUUAGAUGGGAGGCUUUAACAUGCCAAAAUAUCCCAAUGCACUUCUGAUUGGUGAACUCCAUCGCAGUGCCGUAACUAAUGCAUAAAGCAGCCAGUCGAUUUCAUCAUAUCAAAGACUGCGCUGGUGGCAUCAGGUGUAAUCUUGACACGACCAUCACUGAAGCUGGUUGCUCAUCCAAGCAUCACGCCUUCGACACCCUGCAGAGGUUUGCUUGUGUGCCGUUCAAAUGCUAGAUUUGAAAGAUCUGUUGUUUAUUUUACUAUACCUUUUUGUAUGGAAAGAUGUACAUUACAGUUUACAUUCAGAUCAUCUACAUUUCUAAAUAAAGAUGUGUGUUCUUAAGCAAA